AACGUCCACGUUUCAUCUCGUCCUUUACGUCCUAAAACAAGGACAUUUCGGGCAUAUUUUCAGGGUCGGGAUCAGAAAUACGUGCGUGAUUCGACGGAGUAGCACGUGAACGUAGUGUAUUAUUUAAUGGCCAUUUGGAGCGUCACGGUGUGUGCUGAUGGUGUCACACUGGAGGAAUGAAACGGUAUUAUCGGUGGAUUCUGGGUGUCAUGCCAGCGUAUUCGCCAAUAUCAGAGCAACAUCUUGAGACAGUGGUGUUGGUUGACCCAUCAGCGGAAGCUGUUGCUCCAGAGGUUCGUUCUCUGAUUGCCAAUUUUGCUGGGAAUAAAUUGCUGAUGCCGAGUGGGCAAAGCCCUGUGCAGGGCGCUGCUGCAAGUUGGGGCCUUUGACCUGACGUUUCUCUGAUACGGUAUCAUCAUAUCUAAUGCUCAAGUGAUUGAAGGCCUUCCCUCUACAGAGCAGCCACAGAGGCUUACUAUUUCCUGUCAAGGAGAGGAGGUGGUGGGAGCUCCCUGGACCAAAGCAAGGAGCAGCAUCUGCUCCAAAAUAUUCUGGAAUAUCAUUUUAACUCUGAGUCUCACCAUCCCAAUAUGGAGGGAGCCACAGAGUAUGUCUCUGAGACAGCAGAUGCAGCAUCACCCUUUGACCUUUUAGAGCCCCCGACUUCUGGAGGAUUUCUGAAACUGUCCAAACCCUGCUGCUACAUCUUUCCUGGAGGAAGAGGAGACUCUGCAUUGUUUGCCAUCAAUGGGUUUAACAUCUUGGUGGAUGGUGGAUCUGACAGAAAGUCUUGCUUCUGGAAACUGGUUCGCCACCUUGACAGGAUUGACUGUGUUCUGCUCACUCACAUUGGGGCAGACAACCUUCCUGGUAUCAAUGGCUUAUUCCAAAGAAAGAUUGCAGAGCAGGAGGAGGAGCACAACCAAGGAUCCGGUUCAAGCAGCAGUGGUGAGUCGAUGAAGAACCUAAUUUCCCCUGAGCUCGGCAUUGUAUUUUUGAACGUCCCAGAGAAGCUUCGGAUGCCAGAGUCCACUCUAAAAGUGAAACGGAGCAUUGAGGAAGCGUCGCUUACACUGCAGUACCUCAAUAAGCUUGGGAUCACACCAGAGCCACUUCACAGGGCAGUAAGCAACACCAUUGAACCCAUCACACUCUUUCACAAACUUGGAGUUGGAAAGUUAGACAUGUAUGUGCUAAACCCUGUAAAAGAGAGCAAAGAGAUGCAGUUCCUAAUGCAAAAAUGGGCUGGUAACAGUAAAGCCAAGACAGGGAUUCUAAUGUCUAAUGGAAAGGAAGGAGAAAUAUCUGUUCCCUACUUAACAUCAGUCACUGCUCUUAUUGUUUGGAUUCCUCAUCGUCCCACAGAAAAGAUAGUCAGGGUGCUCUUCCCUGGGAACGCACCACAAAAUAAAAUCUUUGAGGGCCUCGAGAAACUGAAACAUCUUGACUUCCUGCGAUACCCAGUGGCUACUCAAAAAGAAAUAUCAUCUGGUGCACCACUCCCCAUUAUCAAACAGACAAAAAUGAGAUCAAGAGCAGACAGCAAAGAGAGCCUGAAAUCAUCACCAAAACCAAACUUAAAAACAGCCAAGAAAGACAUGGUUGGCCAGGAGGAAGAGCCUAAGAGUGAAAUGACUAAAGAAAACAAACUGGAGAAGAAAAUCAAAAGUGGAAGUCUGAAGGCCACAAAACAACAGAAAAAUAGCGAGGUAGCACCCAUAACAGGCAAGUCGGAGAAGAAGAAAAUAUCAAAGGAGAAAAGCAGCAAAACUGACAAAGUGUCACGUAUGGACGAAAAGAAAGACAAAGAGAAGAAAGAAAUUAAGAGAGAAAAAGUGAAAACAGAUGAAAAUAUAAGAAAGGAAGAGAAGAAAGAAAAUAAAAAGAAGGACCCAAGUAAGCCAGAACUGAGAAAAAUCACUAAACCUGACCUAAAGCCACUCACCCCAGAAGUGAGAAAAACUCUGAGAAAGACUCAGGCUAAGACCAAGACAGAAAAAAAUGCAGUAGUCAAAGAGAACGUAAAUGGUAAAAAGCCACUCCCCAAGAACCUUCAAGAAGAGGUGGCAAUUUGUGCAGAUAGAUCGAUUGUGUCUUCCCCUGAGGACCUCACUGAGGACUUUGAGGCCCUGAAAAGAGAAGAGUUGUCCAAACCCAAGACUGAGGCUACCCAGAUAUCUGAGUUGUCAGCUCACAAGGAUGCUAAAGUUUCUACUGCAUUUCCACCAGAUGAGAAAAUGACAUCAGCUCCUGAGACAAUGACAGUUUCGUCCACAUUCUCUGUCACACCAGGGCAAGACAACACAGACAAAAGGUCUUCAGAACAGAAAGGAAAGGAUUCAAGCAGUGAUAAACUUGAAGGCAGCAUGAUGAACUUGAAGACAUUUGAGGAUUAUGACAAAUAUUCUGCGAAGGGUGACCUAAAAGACAUAUCAAAGAAGAGUGACAGCUCAGAAGAGGAAGAUGAUGUCAUCGAAAAAGCAGACCUUGAAGGAACAGAAGAUGAUGAGGUUAUUAAGUGUAAAACACAGGAGAUGAAAAAAGAAACGAGAAAAGAUGUCGAUACUAAAUCCACUGGACAGUUUACCUUGUCCACCACAGCUCUGCCUGGGCAAGGAGUAGCGGCGUCAGCCUCAGAACAGUUCUCCUUCAUCCAAGAUGAAACCAUCCCUGGUUACUCUGAGACUGAACAGACCAUCUCUGAUGAGGAGAUCCAUGAGGAUACAGAGGAGAAAAUCCCCCAGUUACGAUAUGAUGUGGGAUCUUAUGACAUCUCAGUCCCCGAUGUUCCUGGCACCUUUGACUCCAUGCAGGGUUUGAAAGAAAUCAAGAGCUCUGCUGUGUCAGAUGUUGUGGAUGUCAGGCCCAAAGCCCUGAUGGGAGGUUUGGAACCUGAGCUUGCUUCCUACCCUGCUAUAAUUGCUGCUCCUCUAGCAGAGGAGGAGCACAUUUCCUCAGCCACAUCCAUAACAGAAUAUGACAAAAUGUCUUCAUUUGCCACAUCGGUAGCUGAGGACCAGUCAAUAGCUUCUGUUACAGCCCCUCAAACCGAGGAAGUUGGAAAGAACUCUCUCCUGCUUGACACCAUCAACAAUGUACCCUCACCUGGUAACCAAGGAAAGGACUAUCUCCACUCUGCUGGUACCAUUUCACCCACCUCUUCUCUGGAGGAUGACAAAUGCUUCAAGUCUCCUUCCUCUGAUGAGUACCAGCCCAACAUUCCUGAGAUGGAGAGUGAUGCUAAGGCCCAUGCAGUUCAUGAUGAAGAAGAUGACGAGGACGACGAGGAUGAGGAUCAGACUCCAAAUGUUGACAUCCCACUGGGUAAACUCCGAGAAGGCUAUGGACAUGCAGCAUCCAUGAUGCUCACGGAGAAAGAGAAAUCACCCUCAGCCACUAUUCCGUCUCCUAUUUUCUCUGACAAGCACCAAUCUCCCACACAGGUUUUCAGUGAAAACCAGUCUCCAUUUAGUACAGGAGUAUUGAAGACUGGUGCUGGAAUACAACCUGUAUCACCUCUUCUAUCUCCCUCCUCUGGGUUGGAGUCCCAAUUUAGGCAAGAGAGUGAUGACAGAUGUCUUAGUCCAGAUGACAGCACUAUGAAACUGGCUUCACCCACACAAUCAGUGCCGACAAGCAGUGGUUACUCUCCUGCAGAGGAAAAACCCUUUAAAACAGAAGGCAACAGUGAAGGAGUAACAAACUUGAAACAACCCGAUACGCAUAAAGGGGAGAAAUCUGUCACUAUUUCUGACCAUACAUCUUUAAUUGGACUGCCAAGUGAAAAGGAUGCGUUUGAGGAAUCAGAAGAAUCUGAAGAGGACAGUGUGGAUGAAGAUGAUUAUUUAAUCAAAAAGGAUCUCCAACCCACUAUUAAGGCUAAACUUAUGGAGGCAAAAGAGGGGUGCUUCCUGGAUGAUGACCAAACUACUGAGGUAAAGACUGCAAAGAAAGACACAGAGCUUCUAAGCUCAGAAAAGACAGAUCUGUCUCCUAGUGCAGAUGAGAAACCAAAGCCUCAAGUCAUAUACUCAGAAGAGGAUGAAACAGAUGCUUUUCCAACCGGAAUACAAUCAAGUUUCUCUUCAGCAGAUCCAACCAAAACAGAAAUUAUCAAAGAAAGUGCUGAGAAAACAGAUAUCUCUCUCACAGGGCCCGAGAAGAGUGUUCAUUUUGGUCUUUGUGCUUUCCCAGAGAAGGAGACCAAAGAGAAAGCUGUGUAUAUAAGACAAGACACACCUUAUGUGCAUGGCAAAACAUUCUCUUACGGUGACAUUUAUGAUAGCAAGACGAGUUCAAUGGAGUCAGAUUCAUAUUGUCAUGAGUCCAUAGAUAAGGUGGAGAAAGACAUUUCAAAGGAUGAUGUGGGUUUGCCCCCAUCCACCGAAACAGCAAGGGACAAGUUAUCAGAAAAACAAGAAUCUACAGUCUCUAUUGGAAAAGAUCCUUCCACCCCAACAUGGCUGGAGUCCAAGAACACUUCAGUUGUUUCUCCAUUGGUCCAACAGGGCACAAAAUCUGAGACAUUUGAAUACGCGGGCCAGUCUCCUUCAGGGGCAAAUAAGCCUGAAGCCCCUUCUACUUCUCCAUCAUCAGACAAAGACCCCUGGUCUUUUACAAGACAAUCUGACAGCCCAAAAGCUGCAGCAUACUCCUCAAUGACAGCAUCCAAUGUCUCCCCUGCCGCUGUCAAUAUUGACAGUGGACCAUGUUUGGAAAUUGAUAUGCGGAAACUGACAGCUCGGGAUGAGGAAGACUAUGAUGAUGAUGAAGUCAUUGAUGAAGAUGAUGAGGAGGAGGAGGAAGAUGAAGAUGAUGAGGACAUUGAUGAUGAAGGUGCCAUUGGUUCUGACAUGGAUCAAGGUGUCAAAGAAACAUCUGGGAAGGAGGUAAAAAGUCCUGGUAGUGAAACACUGAGCUCAAAUAAACCAGAAUUUAUGGUUUCUAUGGCUGGAUAUGGAUUUAACAGUCAGGGGAAGCCAAAUGAGAAUGAAAGCACAAAGGGAGUGGAUAAAGAUAAGAAUGACCCCUCAUCCUUCUGUGUCAGUAAGUCAGUUGAAUUAGCAGCUACAGGUUUCUCUGGCUACUCUACAGAAUUACACUUACAUGGGGAGGAGGAUAAGGAAUCACUUUUACCAAGUCAGAGCACAGACAAAAGUAAUGAAGAGUUUAAUUUGAAAUCAUCAGAAGGUAGUUUUUACAGUGAUAGAGCUGAUCAGUAUACAAGUACCGCUGCCCCUGUGUACUCCUCGUCCUCUGCAUAUAGCUACUCCUCCUCUACUUCAGGCUCGUUUUCUACCAGUCGUCAGCUUGCGGAUGAGCUGGAGACACCUGCCUCAGCUGAGCCAAUAUUUGAGUACUCCUCUUUUAAAGAAGACCACUCCCCGGUCACUGAUUCUCUGUUCUCCACUUUAACUGGCACCAAAGAGGGCUAUUUGGAGGUGUCUGAGAAACAGAUCCCUACUGCAACCACAGCUGAGUCUACCUUCGGCUUAGCUCACUUCUCACCCCUCAAUCCAUUUGAGGAGGUCAAACCCUUCUCUUCACUUUCAUCCACUGCUGCUGAGGACAAAAAGCAGCAUACAACCUCUUUAGGUGGUGUUAUGGAUAAACGCCCUCAAUCAGACUGCUUCUAUAAGCCAGAGUGGUCUGAAGCAUGUAAGUUGGACUCUGCAAAAGGCUUUGGGCAAUCAUUGACCUUGCAUGCUCAAGAAGCAGCACUCUCGGGUGAUAAAGAGGCAGCCAGCGCUGCGCUGUUUGGUGUCACUUCUUCACCAAGGCCAGACAUUGAAGGGAAGCAUUACUUUGAGGAGACCGACAGCAGUGAAGAGGAUGAGGAGGUUUAUAUGAGGGGGAAGUCUAAAAUAUCACCCUCCAGUGGUCUUACGGGUACUUUGUCAUUAUCUGACAAGCCAGAUGCUGCAUUUGGAGGUGAAAAGACAGGCAAUGUGCAUGCAGAUGUUCUUGGUUCCUACAUGUCCUCGCCACUUGAAGCCAGUAAGCUGGACCCAACCAAUGGCCAACCAGCCGGCCCUGCAGAGGUCAGUGUAAGCUCUACCCUCCUUGCUGGAGCAGCAGCCAGUGGUGCAGUUGCAGGCACAGCUAAGCUGGAGUCCAUGGAGGGUGCAGCAGGCUACAGGAGCUCCUACGAGUGGGAAAUGCCCAAGCCUCAGAUUGGGAGGAUGCCUGGAGACUCCCCUCCCCAUUAUCGUCAUGACGAUGAGUUUGAGGAAGAGUGUGAAAUGGAACCAGAGCACCCUGCCCGCCCGCUUUCUCUCUCUUCAACUAAUCAGCCUUUCAACUCUCCCUUUUAUGUCGAGGAGUGUAGCCGACAAGGACUGGAGGAGGAUGAUGAUGAUGAUGAUGAGGAUGAUGACAGUGAUCAGGAGCUUGCUGGUAAAUCACCCAUUGGAGCAGCCUCCCCAUAUGCCGGCCACACGUCUCCGGGAUAUUCAUCCUGUGAAUACAGGCAGCGUAAAGCAGACCUCUCACCCUCCUUUAUUAACCCAUGCAUGAAGCAGCUAUGUAGUGAUGAAGACGAAGAGGAACAAGGACAUAAAAGUGACCAGUCUCAGGAGGGGGAUGAGCAUGAUAUGUCAGUUAAGAGAAGGGCUAAACAGCCCCACCAUCACCAGUCCCACAGCAGCUCCUUCCAUCAAGCCAGUGGCAUGUCUGCAGGGUUGGGUCUUGCAACAGAGGACACACCACCGACUUCUAUCAGCGAGUCUUUUGCCUCUCAGUCAGACUCUGAAGUGCCUCAAGGCAUGGAAGAUUACCCUUCAGUCACUGCCGAAGGCAACAUGGACUCAGAUGAGGAUAUAGACUACAUGCCUGUCGACAAAAUAUCUGCCACAGGAGAAGGCAGCCAUCACUCUGCCUCCUGGAAGAGCCAGGACCCAGUUCCCACACCUCAAAAAGACCCUUACCCUCACCCUCCUCGUCCAGAUGUUUGUAUGGUGGAUCCCGACUCUUUGGAAAAUGGCUCGGUUAAGAAAGAGCUUAAAGCUAAAGGCUUGAAGAAAGCUUCUGGGAAAACCAAAGCAUCACCAGCCAGGCGCAAGAGGUCCCCCAUGCCUAUCAAACAGAUGUCAUCUCCUCGCAGUGCGUCACUGAAGAAGAAGGAAGCAGAUAAGAGCUCACGCAUGUCUCGCCUGUCAGAUGGACAAGGCUCAAAGGACGAUGACCUCUCACGGUCUAGCUACAACCCUGGCAAGGGGCUGACCAACAUUAGCAAGAGUAGUUCAGGUUCUCAAAAGGCUGGUUCUACAGCUCCUAUCUAUGUGGACAUGGCCUACAUUCCCAACCACUGCAGCGCCAAGAAUGUGGAUCAAGAGUUUUUCAAACGCAUCCGCUCUGCGUACUAUGUGGUCAGUGGGAAUGAUGCUGCCAGUGGUGAACCAAGCCGUGGAGUUCUCGAUGCACUGUUGGAUGGCAAAGCUCAAUGGGGGUCAAAUCUUCAGGUGACGCUGAUCCCUACUCACGACACAGAAGUGACUCGUGAGUGGUACCAGCAGACGCACGAGCGGCAGCAGGAGCUCAAUAUCAUGGUUCUGGCCUCCAGCAGCACUGUCGUCAUGCAGGACGAAUCCUUUCCUGCCUGCAAAAUUGAGUUUUAAGAAUGUCGUAUUUUGCUGCCUCGCACACUUUUGGCCUCCCUACAGUAGAUCUGUUUGAAUUACUCUCAAGUGUGUUGUUUUUUCUUGUCCCUUCUUUUGGAUAACAAUCUGUUUUUUGUAUUAACUUUUAAGCUUGUUGUAGCUGCCACAUCUGCAACAUCGAUGUUCUCCACGUCAUUAGAGUCCUAUCAGACACAGUGGGAUUCUUUGUCAAGACCAUUGUUGAAAGAAGGCUGGUUCUCAAAUGGAAUACUUCCGUCAGUACACUUCAAUAAGUAUACUCUGUACACUUAGUUCCUCGGUGCACGAAAAUACAGGGUAGUACUGUCCAAGAUUUACUGUCACAAUAUUGACCCGCUUCUGAGUAGAGGCAGUCCUCGUGUUCUGACGUUUCGUGGACAAGCAUGCACGCCCAUAAAUGAUUCAUACUGUAUUAAAAGAAAAAGAGAAAUAUCAACGUGCACCUGUGGAAGAUAGCGUUGCCAGACGUAGGAUAAUUACUAUAUUGGUAUGAUAAUUUCACUCUCUUGCAAAAACGUCAACAUCUGAGCCAUUCAGUACAUGGCAAUAUUAGCAAACACAAACAGGACACAUGCUGCACUGUGCCUGAUGUUGUGCAUUGCCUCCCUCACAUGCAUCUUUACAGCCAGGUGGCGCUGUUCUGCCAGUGGCAGCUUUUUCCAACAAUGUUGUUAACUUAUUUAAAAGUAAAACUGAAUUAUAAGCAGUGACGAGGUUCAUGGCUGCGUAUGAAGUACAUGCACCCUAUCCUUUUCCAGGAAACGUUCUGAUACUUUGUUGUAAAAGGCUGAUCACGUUCUGUUGAGCUUGGAUAUAUAAUCCUCUAUUUUGGCAGUCAAAUGUAUUCAUUCAUUCAGCAGAGCAUCAAAAUAUGUUUAAUGUCAUUUGCCUAAAAAAAAAAAAAACCCUGCUUUUCCUCUCUAUGGAAGGACAGCCGUGACAAGCACCUUCCAGCUCACGAACCCUUCAGGAUGAGCAUUGCAAGUGCCUCCUGUAUGACAUACGUUAAAGACAUUACACAGGCUGCUGUAUAAGAAAUGUUUCUGCAACAUAUUAUUGCUGAUAAACAGAAACUGGGAGGCGCCGUGACCCAACUCAGUGCACACUAAGCCCAAAGAGACGCUCACAUCAGCCUCACCUUAGGUUUCUUCCAAGUGUUUGAUCAGGAAAUGUGCAAAUUCAGCCAUUUUUACUUAAAAUGUUAAAAGAAAUGAUCGGAAUCAUACAGAAAAUACAUUUAUAAUACAGUUCAGUGGAUAAAUAUUCAUAUCUUAUGUUAUUAGUCUAUUUUUCAUCAUGCCUCCCCUGACUGCACGUCACUGAUUAUAAACUAUACACGAUCUGUGGUCAUGUUUUACUGUAGCAGAUAAUCCUGAGCAAUGUCAAAUCGGCUAUGUACAAUACUUUUACACAAAUUAUGAUUAUGCUACAAUAAUUUGUCCUUUCCCAUCUGGCAACACUGCGAGUGUUGCUACACUGAGGAAGGUCAAUAUCACUUUUCUUCAUUUUAGGUAACUUUUUCCUUUCGCCGUGUCCCCCAAGCGUGAGGCAGACUCUUCUGAUACAGUGAGUCAAAGAAUAGGAAAGUGAAAGUGAAAAGUGAUGUCGAUCAACAUUAGCUGUAAGACCAUCAUCAAGGAUAAAGAUGGUAUCUUUUUAUGACAAGAUUUGAUAUGUCCUUCAUGUGUUGUGUGUACAGUGUGAGUGAUUUAGCCGUUAAUUUAGGUGCUGGCACUAAAACUGGACUUAUAUUGGCACCUUAUAUUGACCUCCUACACUGACAGCACACUCAGCGUGAACGCACUCAUGCACUUCCAAUGCUAACCCUAACCUCUAACCGUCCAACCCAGGGGUGUCCAAAAAGCGGCCCGAGGCACAUUCUAAAAAUAUAAUGUAACAAGGAAACUGAAAAAGAGCAAAAAUUUAAAAAUAUGAGAAUAAAGUCAAAAAAGAGAGAAAAAAAAGUUGUAAUUGAAUGAGAAAUUAAUAAGGUCGUAAUAUUAUGAGGAUAAACAAUGUCAUUUUAUAAAAAGUUUUAAUAUUAUGAGAAACAAACUAAUUAAAGUUGUAAUUUUCGGAAAAUUAUUAUGGGAAGAGAGUAAAAAUAUUACAAGAAGACAUUUUACAACAAGAAAGUUGGAAAAUUGAAAAAAAAAAAAACAAGCAGAAAUGGAAAAAAACAACUGUAAUUUUACGGGAAUAAAGUCAAAAUAUUAAGAGAAAAAAGCCAUAUUCUGAUGAAAAAAAAAGUUGCAUUUUUUUAGGAGAAUAAACACGUAAUAUGAGGAAAAAUGUCAUUUUAGUAGCAUAGAGUUAAAAUACAAAAUCAAAAAGUAUUUUUUUUUAAGUUCUAAUAUGAGAAACAAAACAAAAUAUAGCUGUAAUUUUUCGGAAAACUAGGUAGGGGGAAAAUGUUACAAUAUUAUGGUAAUAAUAUAUUCCAAGAAGAAAACUUAUGAAGAUUAUUUACGAAAAAAGUCUAAGUAUUUGGAAAAACAGCUAAAAGAGUGCAGUUGAUACAAAUAAUGGGCUUUUUCAUCUACCGUAUAUCACAAAGCUGAGAUGCAGUUUUUCCUUGAAAUACUGUAUAUCAAACGUCUUAGCAUUCUUAGCGUGCAAGAUAUCAAAGCGGCCCUUGUAUACUUUCAUUUUUCGAGUAUGUGGCCCUCGCUGGAAAAAGUUUGGACACCCCUGGCCUAACCGCCUAACCCGAAGUGUCAGUACGGAAGUGUGCCAAUUGAGAGACAGCCAAGGAAAAGAAGGCAGUUUCUGUAAAAAAAAAAAACAACAACAAACUGGUCUUAAGUUGCUUGUCCUGUAAAGUCCACAUCAGUGCACCUUCAGGCCAAAUGGAAUGGCUAUCCUUUCCAGUCUCUGUCUUUGUUUUGCAGUAUAGCUGAGUGAAACUUUGUGCUGGUAGAAAAAGAUGCUAGUGAUCAGUUUCCUCUACUACCAUUGAUUUCCUGUGUGCCUCCAACUGACAUAGUAACAUAGAAAAUAUCCACGUAGAGCCCACAGUGUCCUUUUAAUGUCUUUCAAAUAUAUCUUAUCUAGAGCGUAGAAAAUAUCUUAUUCCAAAAUUUAUAAUGUUGUGCAAUAUUUCUAUGAUGAAGGUCAGCUGUUGCAGUUACAAUUCCUGUGGGUUUGAAUAACCCCCCGACCCUCCACCCACACCAGUCCUGUAGAUCCAGUUGUGAUGCUGUGGCAGAGAAGCUUGAGAAGAACAAAUGAUGGCUUCUCUGUCUUUACAAAGAGCGCCAAUUUGUGCAUUUGAAGGAGGAAGUUGAAGCUCAUAUCAGCUGCUGCAUCUUGUAGGGUCUUUGUGAACGACAAACGUGCGACAAGAGAAACAUGUGGUUGCAAAAAGGAGAGUGUUUGCGUGUGCGUGGGCGGGUGUGAUACCUGCAAGAGGUGAGACCCACAUGUGCCUUUUGUUCUGAUGUGUUGGGAGGAUUAGAAGAGUAGAGAUGAUAGCAUUGGUAACAUACACCAGGGGUGUCCAAACCUUUUCCGCCCACCGAGGGACACUUUCAUACAUUUUUUGUGCAUUCACCUUUUAAACUCUACGGACCUUCGAAUUUCGCUGCUUUACUCGUCACGGAUUUUCAAAAAAUAAGAACUCAUACUGUUUUGUGGUUGAAUACAACCUAUGAUAAGUAAAAAAAAGAGCAUAUUUAUGCACAUUUUACCUUGUUUUUGCCUAAAUUAAGCAUUUUCAAGCAUAAAAAUGACUGAAGUAAAAUACAAUAUAAGGCAUUCAGAAGACGCAUUCAAAGACGUGAUGGUGUGUAGUAUUCUACACUGGUCGCUAGGGGUCAGUACAACCAGGACUGAUGGGCUGGAACACAAUUAUUGCAGGGUUGAAUUAUCUCACAACACGCACAAUAAUCUCUAACAAAAACACGGAACGAGGGUCGAUAAAAAAAAUAGUUGCAGGCUGAAAAGGGCACCCGGGCCGUGCUUUGGACACCCCUGCCACGUGACGCUGUGUAAGAGGCUUUGACAAGGUUGUUUGUCCUCAUCAUCAAUUCCAUUGCUGCAUUGAUUUUUCUUAUGCUGCCAGUAAAAUAAGCACAAUUGUUUAAAAAGAAAAAAAAAAGUAUUUGUUUUGUAAGUGUUAAAAUGUGAUUUGAAGUAUUCAAGAUGUACCUGGAGCAUGGUUGGCGCGUGGUUGGCACAUCGGGUCUGGGUCUGAAUCCUGGCUCAGGCUUUUCUGUGUGGGGUUUGCAUGUUCUCCUCAUGUUUGCAUGGGUACCCCUGUUUCCUCCCACAGUCCGAAAGCCCUCUAAAUUGCCCGUGUGUCCUGUGAUUGGCUGGUGACCAGUCCAAGGUGUACCCCACCUCUCGCCCAAAGUCAGCUGGGAUGGGCUCAAGCUCACCCGUGACCCUAUAUCAGGGGUGUCCAAAGUGCGACGUUAAAACACAAAAUCUAAAAAAUUUUUUUUUUAUAAUAUUGGAAAAAAGAGCACUAAUUUUACAAGACAAAGACAAAAUAUUAUGAAUGAGAAUGAAGUCAUAAUAAGAGAAAAAAUAGCAUAAAGCUGACUAUUUUUUAAAAGUCAUGACAAAAACAAAGUUACAAUUUUAGAAAAAUUUGAUUGGGUAAAAGUUACAAUAUUACAAUAAUAAAGUUGAACUAUAAAAAUAAAGACAUAAUGUUACAAGACAAAAGCUACAAGAAGAAAGUUUAAAAGGAAAAACAAGCAAAAAAAAGUGUAACGUAAGGAAAAAAAAAUUCUAUUAAUACGCUUUGUCACCGACAACACAAAGCUGAGAUGUAGGCUCUUUCAUCUUGGAUUGGAUUGGUUUAAAAAAAGGCAAAAGUGGGCCCCGCAUCUUUUGAUUUUUCGGUAUGCAGCCCGCUGUGGAAGGACACCCCUGCCCUAUAUUAUUAUUUAUAAUAUUUAAGAUUUUAAAAGUGUAUACGUAUACUGGCACUUCAGCAUUCGUGUGCACAGGUGAUGGUCAAUAACAUUUUGAAAUUUUUUGCAGAAAAUUGGAUGUUAUUUUAAUUUAAAAAAAAAAAAAAAAAAAUAUAUAUAUAUAUAUAUAUAUAUAUAUAUAUAUAUAUAUAUAUAUAUAUAUAUAUAUAUAUACAGUAUAUAAAUCUUUGAUAAUACAGGUAAACUGUAGGUACCACUGUUAAAAAUGCAGACACACGUUUUUAUGUUUCACUGAUAGUGUUUUUUCAUCAAAACAUAACAUUUCGCACUUUGUUCGGCAGUCCUUGAAUGCACUGUAGUUGCUGCGAGACACAAAAGAGAAAAGUACACAGUGGAACCUUGGUUGGCGUGUUUUUCGGUUAAAUUUGAACAAUGUUGGCAGAAUUUUGCCUCGGUUUGCGUGCAUUUUCGGCUUACCAUACAGUAGGGCGUGCUUCACGUGCUAUUAAUACCCUGCAGGAGUGCAACUGUUUUCUUAGCACAAGAUGUCUUUGUUAGCAGCUUGCUAAUACGCGGAAACACGGAGCAGAAGUCAGUUCCGUCGCCCGUCUAUGAUGUCAUCAGCAGUUGAGUCGCGUUCUUUGCUAACACAGUUACGCCACAGUUCUCAAAAAUGUUCACACAAAACACAUUUUUUAUAGUUUUACGUGCAUAAAACAAACAAUCUAAAUACAUUAGACUAAUAAAAGGAAUAAAUACAUGAACAUUUAAGGUUGUUUACCUUCAUUGAAGACAUGAUGACGGGUUAAUGACACAAGGUGGCUCCAUUUUGGCUUCUUUUGAGUCCUGUAUGAAAACCCCACGCAAGCACGGGGAGACGCCGACUCCACACAUACAGUAUGUUUCCUGCUAACGAGCAAGUAAAUAUGAACAAAAACAUACACGAAACUGAUGAAGCAAACCUUUUUGUGGUUCUAUUUGUAUUUUCCUUUUUCCCCGCAAUGAGGAUGAUGUCAACACCAAGCGGGUACAAGUGCAUCAUCCAACAAAGGAAGGGACCAACAACUCUCCUGUAUGUUCCAAUAUCCCUUAUAGUGGUCCAUGCCAGACUUGAAAGGCAGCAGUUUGAGUUGAUUUGAAUGUGACGAUGCAGACGACCUUUACGUUCUCCGUGGAGGACUCACCCCAUUUCCUGGUUGCCUUGGUUCCCGUACAUUUUUACGGCUCACCUCGCAAAGCAAAUAAAUCAGGUGUGCAUAUGAAAAGACACGCUUGUUUCUUUGGAUGAAGAUACGUUAUCACGCUAAUCAACUUUGACUGUGAUGCUUUCCCGAACAGGAGCAACAGAAAAGCCACACUGCACGAUUCAUACACCAUACAAGCUGGUCGUAAGAAUAUUUAAAAACCAAGACUUGUCCACUAUUCAUCAAUUGGGCUGCUGCAUUUUCACGGCGUGUCCAAAGCUGUGUUAUUUGAUGAUUUCCAUUUAGAAAUGCUUGAACUUGCAUGUCGACCUUCGGUUUUCUCUCAUACUGUGCUAUAGCAGAAGAGGAAACGUGUACAAAGUCGUCCCUCGCUGCAUUGCGGUUGCUCCCCCACUCUACGCGAUUUUUCAAACAUUAACCCUUUCGUAAAAAAUACUGACUGACAAGUUAUAAGUACUAGUCUGCUCACUAGGCCUCAGUAAUGACAUGACAUUAGAUUAGUUUACCUUCACACUGCAUGGAGUCAAGUUACCAUAAAAAAAAAAGUUUGUCAACCAUGGCAUGUCCAAGUGGAAAAAAGUUCUCCUAUUCCUUGUGUAAGUGGGGCGAUUGUGGCUUCUUACUUUGUCCUUCUUCCCCACUCCGUUUGAAAAAUUUCUAAACUUUAUAAGCAAAAUGGCGAGGCUAACAAGGUAGCUCGUUAGCUUGCUAUGCUAGCGGCGGCCGCCUCUUAUGUCCCUGCAGUGAUCCCGUAGCCUGUGCUAUGUGGCGUAAACAAAGAAUAAAGAGCCUAAAUGCGACUAUAGGCGUGUUAUUUCAUGUCUGCAGAGAUCUAAUAAUGUUAAAAACGUAUUAAAAAAGUAUUUAAACAGGUUUCCUAUUCUCUAACUACAAAAAUAUUUCAUUUAUAUCAUUUAACCGCGACAAACGAGGGACGACUCUAAUUUACGAGGAGCAAGCGGGUCUGUUCAAUGCAGAGAAGUUGUGGUGGAACGUGAUGUCGGUGUUUGUGCUGCAAAGAAAGCUGUGUGCUCGCUUUUACUCCUUUCAUUUCUUGUUUUGAGUGCAAUAUUCUGUCAUUCUCUUCAAAUGCACACAAGUCCAACUAGAGAAGAUAGCUAUUGUUUGAAGUGGGGGGAAGUGUGCAGAAGACCAAUAAAACUGAAUUUACUGAAGAAAAGUCUCUUAUUAUUAAUAUUUUUUACAGUGGGACCUGUUUAAGUCGACGCCCCUCGAGUGGCUGACUCAAGUUGCUACAAGCGGUUGUCGACAUAAAUGGAACUGACAUGUUUAGCUAUGUACAACUGAUGUUUGCUCCAUAUAUGCAUGGUUUUGAAUAUUGAUUCUUCUGUUUUCAUGUGAUCAGUUAGGGCCAGACUGCAAAAUGCAGAGGCUGAGACAAGUGAAAAGAAAGUCUUUUGUGAUAACGGUGAAAAAGCCUAUUAUUAGUGUCGACUUGGCUAUUUUUCCCUUUUUUUUGUUUAACUGCCCCCCAAAUAUAUCAAUCUUUGUAAAUGUUGUAAAUGUCCAUUAGUUGUUUUGUUUGUCAUAAUAUUACAACUUAAAAAAUAUUUCAACUUUAUGCUACUAAAAUGUUUGUUAACUUAUUCUCACAAAAUUAUGACUCUUUUUCUCUUACGAUUUUGACAUGAUUCUUGUAAAAUUGCUGCUUAUUUUUCAUAAAUGCAAUUGUUUUUUUUUAGUUAUAAUUUUAGAUUGUGCUGCUGGACAAUAAAAAAACAAACACUAAUGGCCUUCGGGCUGCAUUUUGAACACCUCUGCUCUACUAUUUUGGGUAAUACGAGCGUAAAAGUGACCACAGGGGUUUUAUUUCAUGUUUGGAGGGCUCGAAUAAUGUUUAAAACCACAUUGAGAAGGUCAUAAACAGGUUUCCUACACUCUAACUUCAAAAAUACUCCAUUUAUAAAGAAGGAAUCCUACUUCACCUAAAUUCACUGAUCAUGAUCGGGUUUGGAACCAAUUAACGGCGAUAAACAAGGGAUAAUGGUUAUUAAUUAUAUUUUAUGAGCGUAGGCCGAUCAAUUAUUGACGGUUUAUUGUGCAGUACAGUGAGCGUCUUUUUAGGUUAACGUAAAACAGCUACGCCACAAUUUUACUUUGGUUGAUGUGCAUUCUCCGGUUAGCGUAUAAUAUGGCGCGUGUCUUGACGCGUUAUUCAUACACUGCGUGACACCAACUGUGUUCUUAAUGUUGCCUUUUUUAAACCACAAAACGUUCUUCCUUGUUUGCACCCUAUUAGCUAGCUAUAAACAAAACUGCAACCGGCAAAAGUUAAGUCACCCCUCUAUGAUGUCAUCAGCGAUUUGACUGCCAAAAAUAUUAACACAAAAUGCUUUUAUAGUUUUACAUGCAUAAAACAAUUCUAUAUAUAUAGAAGUGACGAACGCAAGGGAUAAAUGAACAUUUAAGGUUAGUUUUACCUUCACUGAAGAGAUGAUUGUUCCCAAAGACACGACAAUGUGGCAGCGAGGAUCAACCACCGCCAACUUCCUGUUUUCAGUCACGUUAAAAAUCCAAGAAUCACGUCUUCAGUGAAGGUAAAAGAACAUUAAAUGCUCAUUUAUCCCUUUCAUUCAUCAUUUAUGUGCAUUUGUUUUCUUCAUGUAACCGUUUCGGUUAGUCGGACGUUCUGGAAUGAAUGAAUGAUGCUAACCGAUGUUCCAAUGUACAUGAUAGUGGUCAUGACAAUCAGACAUUUAAUGCAAAGAACAUUCCAAAUCACAGCCGUCAUGAGAGCAGUUUAUUACAGGACCAGGUUACCAUGUCUUUUUUGUUGUUUUUUUUAAACCAAUCAGCUCCAAGUUUACUGAAGUGUCAGUCCCUUGAAGAUCCGUAACAGACAUUUCAAGUAAGUCCCCUUUGUGGGGGUUCAACUUUGGGGUUGAAUAACAGCGCCACACACUGGUGUAUUUGCACAGGAAACACAGUAGAGGUGCGUGUGUGGACUACUUCCCACCCUUUUGUGUGUAACGGUUCAGGAGUAGAAGACUUUCACCAUGGGGGGCACGUCAGCUUACCGAGUGCGCAUGCACUCCUGCUACAUACUGGCGUAGAAAAAUACGAUGGCACAAAAGCAUACAGUGAUACCACUCUAUUGAAAAUAUCUGAAGUCAAAAUAAAUAUUUCAACAUGAACUCUCACCUUUGGCAGUUUGCAGGUCAUCUAACAUCGCAGCUGUCAAGUAACAUACGUACACUCUUUGCAAAGGCAUUUUCGAGUCAGCAUCGGCGCAGACUCUCCCAUGUUUGCUCUUAUAUGAUUCACAAUGUGCUCACACAAGCUAGAUUACCCGGGAUACAAUACACCUACCAAAUGAACGUUAGUGACAGAAUUAUUCGUCUGAAGUACAGUGGAACCGCUUUAGGUCGUCAACCCGUGGACCAACUCAUCAAGUCCCGGUCCACCACGUUCUUAUUAGUAAAAAAGUGCCCGCUUAAGUCGUCCACAUACACAGACCUGCCAACCUUGAACAUAUUUGGAGUACAGGAAUCCCACAUUUUACCCGACCGUCAUAAGUAAAGUAGAACUCCUUAUUUAUCAAUGGAACAUUUUGGUAGUUAGAGCAUAGUAAACAUGUUUACGACCUUCUAAAUACGGUUUUUAUUGUUAUUAGAGCCCUUUAGACAUGAAAUAACACCCCUAUAGUCACCUUUACACUCCAAUUACCCAAUAUAGUAGACAUAAGCGAAAAUAAGCCACUUAACACAUAAAUAAGAUUUGUGUGUUUGUGUGUUUCCAUAAAUGUGUUCCUGAGUGUGUGUGUGUGUGUUUGGGGGGUAAAGGAAGUGACGGCGUUGGUUUCGGACCCGACAGUAGCCCAUGUUCGGGGUUAUUGUGGCUGUUGUGUCAUUCAAACGUGCAAUAAAAGCCUGUUGUUCCGGGGAUCAAGUCUAUACUACAUAUAAUCGCAACAUUAUGAAUGGUUGUCCUAAAUGCCUUAUAAUCUGCAUUUUGCUUGAUUUACCCAUGUUUAUGCUUGAAAAUGCUUCAUGUAGACAAAAAAUACGUAACAUUUGCAUAUUUCAAGCAAUAUCCAACCACAAAACAGCCUUUUUAUUUUGUAAAAAUAAUGUUUUUUUUAUUUUGUAAAAAGCCUAAAAAACGGCACACAGUUUGUGUUAUUAGUUAAUAUUAACAUUUCAGCUUUGUCUUAUUAAAAUUUUUGUUUUGCUGAAUUUUCCCCAUUUUUCGCUGUUUAAAAAAAAAAAAAAAAUUAUUGUAAUUCUACAAUGUGCGACAGGCCAAGAACAAACUCACGGUUGCCACACUUUCAACGGCACGUGUGAGCAACUACAACUCUCACCGACUAUUUAGCUUGUCAGCUUCUCGUAUUGAGCGGGCGAUGGUAAACUGCAGCUGCAGCUAAUCCAUGCGGGACAACGAACAGAAGCUGUAAACGCAGGAAAUAAUGUACGAUCACAGCCUUUGCGGUUCACGUCGCUGCAGCUCGAGGAUUAUUAAUGAGAGGUGCAUGACACGCACAGAGAUGGCACUCCAAAUCGCAACCGUACUUGGAGUGCAAUGACGCGUACAAAAUGUGUGCCGUGUACGAAAAAUGUGUAUGUGUUGACAGGUCUGUGGGAGGAGCAACAGGAAAGGAACUGCCAUUUAUGUCCUUAGAACCAAAGUCUUUUCUUUGGCCGUUCUUUCAUCCCUCUUUAGCACAACUAACAAAAUGCACCCAUUUGAAUUUUGCACAAAUGGGAGGAAAACCAUGUCAACAAAGCGCCGUAGAUUGAAAAAUGCUUUACUAUCGUCACUUACGUCGCUGGCCAAUGUCACAUGUAAGUGUGCAUGUUGACAACCGUUUAUGUCAUGUCGACUUAAACGAGUUCCACUGUAGCAGUUUUGAACAGUCAAUACGCAUCAGGAGAGUCCCAGUAAGGAACAUUCAGCUCAGUACGCUUCUGCACAAGCUGGAUGAUGAUCAAAAUGACCCCAGUGGUUGUUCCUCAUCUGCCCAGUACACCCAGUCCAGAUCCUCACGGCUCUUCCGGAGGAUCCGCGUUGACCUCAAGAGGCGUCUCCGAUUCCGGGAGGCUUUCGGGACUGUCGAGCCACAAAUCCAACGACUCCUGAGUGUCAAAGAACUCGUCCGGUCCUUCAGGAGACAUGGGCGUCUGGGAGCUGGAGCCGGCCUCGCUGCUGCUCUCUCUGAGCUCCAGCAGCACAGGCAGCGAGCUGGGGAGGCAGUAACCUUCCAUCCGGCCGAGAGACAGCUCAGCCAAAGAAGAGCAGGGUGGCCUCAAACCCGCGUCCAAAAUGCCACAGCUGGAAAGAUCCACAGCUGAAGUAGUCGCCUCCAGCUCGGGAUGUUCAAGUUGGCUGUCGGUACUACCGCAUGGCUCGCCACCUUCCUGUGGUGAGGUAUUUGAUGUCUGAGGUGCUUCAGAGGGGUAUGACACGCACAGGAAAUUGGCGUCGAGAGCUUGUGAUGCCAUUGGGGGCGUGGGCUGGGAUGGGAGGUUUUGCGAGGAAUGGGUUUCCUCACUACUUUGAGGAGUCAGGGAGAUCUUAUCACUGAAACUGAAACGUGGGGAGGUGUCGGCUGUAGUGGGAGAAGACGGGCCGGCACUGGAUACUGUACUGGAUGGACCGCUGCUGUCUGCAGGAAUAAAAGAGAAAGCCAAAGCGUGGAACAGAAUCAGAAUAAACAUUACAUUCUUGUAAGCUGUAAGACUUUGUCCCAUGAGCUGAGUUCUGGUCAGGCGGAUCCCGAGGUGUUUCCGGGCCAGUUGAGGGACAUAGUCUCUACAACGUGUCCUGGGUCUUCCCUGAGGCCUCCUACUGGUCAGACGUGCCCUGUACACCUCCCCAGCGAGGCGCCCGGGAUCCUCACCAGAUGCCCGAGCCACCUCAUCUGGCUCCUCUCUAUGUGGAGGAACACCUUAUCUCUAAGGGAGAGCGUAGCAACUUUACGGAGAAAAAUAAUUUCGGACACUUGUACCUGUGAUCUUCUCUUUUCAGCCACUAACCAAAGCUCAUGACCGUAGUUGAGGGUAGGAACGUAGAACAACCGGUAAAUUCUCAAAAUAAUACAACACAAUCCCAAAACCGUUUUCCACGAAAAAGUCACAAUUGCUUUGUUCCAUUGUCUCUCUCUUCGUAUCUUUGCACGUUGCCGCCUGUCAACUGUUGCGCACCUUUCCAUCACCUGUUUCACAGUGUUUGCUGCUGGGAUAGUGAAAGUAAACAUAUCUGAAAGAAACAAAUGAUGAUGACAUUCCUUUUAGCACAAAGCCACAAAACCGGAAUACACUGGUGUCAAACCUUUUGUCAGAUGGACUUAGAACGGGCAGAAAGAGAGAGAGAGAGACAGGAGGACGAAGGACAGAAGUGGUCCGAGCUGAACUGGACCCACAGCUGUAGCUGUGAGUACACAACACAUUUAUUCACUUUUUCCCCGUCUUAUUUUGACUGAUUUCCAAAUGACACUGCACAUCCAUCCAUUCAUCCAUCUUUGAUGCUGCUUAUCUUCACUUGGGUCACGGGCACUGGACAUCUAUGUCAGUUUUUUUUAGAAACUCAUGUACAGCUAACAUAUAUAUCGUGACUUGAAGCACACUUACAGAAACGUGGAGACGACCACACUUCCACGUAGGUGACAAUAAUAAUAAUAACAGUCAUCAUGUAAUGUAAUGUUAUGUAGAAGCUUCACUACUGACACAAUUUUGAUGACUUUGGACUCGACUUGACAAUAUCAUCAAAGACUUGCAACUCAACUUGGACUUCACAUCUUUACUUGAGAUUAAAGACUUGAGACCUGCAAAACAUUGAUUUGCUCCCACCUCCCACCUCUGCCAUUAGCUUCUAAACAAGCUGGUUCUUACUUGGGGUGCUGGAACAGCAGAACUCGUCUCUCCUAGGCGUGUCAGCACUUAAUCGUCCUUGUUGAAGUGUGCACUACGCACACAAAGCUGUUUCAUCCUUGUCCCUUUACAGCCAAGGAGCCGAAGUUGCCUAAUAGCAAUGUCCGUGACAGGAAAUCGAUGGACUAUAUAGGCCGAUUCAGACACAUUCUUGUUGUUACAGCUCAGAAAAUGAAUUACAAGCCUGCACCAUUUUUUUGUUAGACAUUUUCUUUUGUUUUCUUUUCUUUCAGCCGUGCAUGUAAACACUGUAAAACAGGUGAUGGAAAGGGAAACUACAGUUGACAGGCGCUAGCAUGCAGUGAUACAAAGAGAGAAAAUAAGAGCGAUAGCGAGGUCUGACUUUGUUGUGGAAAACAGUUAUGUGAUACAAAAGCUUUUGAGCGUAUAUUGUUUUGAAAAGCAUAAUGCUUUACUGACUAGAUUUCUGCUCAAGAGACAAAGUAGGGGAAAGUCACUGUUGAUGCACUGCACUGCUGAUGGGGAAGUCGUACAACUUCAGGUCAGAAAAUCCAAACUAUCCCUUUAACAUGCUGGGAUUUUUGUUGGCUAAAAUGCCAACAAAAACUCAUGCCCAAAGCGAGUGUAAAGCGGUCAUGGAACUAUUUGGAGUAGAGGCAUGGCUUUAUGCUCUUUUCAAAGCUAACAUGCUGAUUUUUCCUCCCCACCUAAGUCAGAAGUGUCCAACCUUCUUCCACCAAGGGUCACAUACUGAAAAAUGAAGGGCCAAGGGCCACUUUGAUAUUUUGUAAGUGGCAUGCUAAGACAUUCAGCUUAGUGAUAUAGAUAAAAAAAAAACAUUAGUAUGAACUUUGGUCUUUACUCUUUUUUUGUUUUUUCCUCAUUUUUUUAAUUAGAAUGAAAAUCAUACGUGUGCAUAUUUAGUUAGUCAGUGGCUGACACAGCAGCUAGAAUCUCCAAGCAAGACAUGCUGAAAUCAGUGUCACUAAACAACACUGCUGUCCAAAAUAUCACAUUUCUCAAUUGGGUAUAUCAGUCAAGGAAAUAUUGAAUAAAAAGAUAGCUGUUGGUCAGUCAGGUUUCCACCAAGAGGAUUAUUUUCAGUUUGAUUCGCCAAGAAACAGACUGGAAUGGUAGACACCUCAUAUGUUAGAAGUCCAGUAGAUGUCUCAACAAGAGCAGUGCUUUUGUACUUCCUCUGUAGGAAGAAUCCUUGAAUAUCACCAGAACAAUGUGGAGUGAUGUUGCAAUACUCACACCACGGAGGCUUGUCUGAACGAGACCGGAGCGACAUGGACGAGGAGAGGACUCUGUGGGGGAUGUACGAGUCCCCCGACGGAUGGUUGUGUGCACCGAACAUGGCUGACAGAGCUGCGGAGACCGAAUACGAACAAUAAUGAAGAGGUGGUAAUGAUUUCAAAUGUGACGUUUUUAUUACGUCUAACCUCUGGUAGUCCUGGUGUGCGGAUCCCCGGCACUCUCGCACACGCUUGUGAGGAACUCAUUGACCUGUUUGAGUGACAGCGAGUUGUGCAGUGUUUCAAGAGGAUAGAUGGAGGGAACCAUGGAGCAUCCUUCAAAGCCUGUGGAACAAGGGAGACAUGACACCCACAAGCUUAUCAGCUCUUAGUUGGACUUUGUCGUCACAAAAGCAGCAAAACACGACCACGUCAAUUGUCACGGUGCUCGCAGGUUCCUUCCAAAUCACACUCAACAUGGCGCUUGCACA